CGGAUCCGGUGACAGCCAGCGCGGCGCCACGUGACCCCGCGGGGACACCGCCCAUGCCCGACCCUUGCCCUGUCCCCAGCCUGUCCCCAGGAGCGGUUCCAUGGCGGUGGCCACGGCGCUGGGUUCCCUGGGCGCGGUGGCCCUGGGCACCUUUGUGGUGGCCCUGCUGCUGCGGUGGCUCUGGGAUGCGCUGGUGGCUGUCACCCGAUUCCGGGCCACUUGUCGCCAGCUGAACAAGUUCCCCAUCCCGCCCUGGCGCAAUUGGUUGCUGGGACACACCGGCAUGGGCCACAGCACGGAGGAAGCCCUACAGCAGGUGGACACCUUGGUGGCCCGGUACCGUCAUGGCUGCCUCUGGUGGGGGCUUCCCUGGCUGCCUGUCCUGCGCCUCUUCCACCCCAGCACCCUCCGACCACUCCUCAGUGCCUCAGCUUUCGUGGCCCCCAAGGACAAAAUUUCCUACGGCUUCCUCAAGCCCUGGCUGGGGGAGGGGCUGCUGCUGAGCGAUGGGCAGCGCUGGGUGCGGCACCGGCGACUCCUGACACCCGCCUUCCACGGAGAUGUGCUCCGGAAUUACCUGGGAAUCUUCAACCAGAGCACCCGCGUGCUGCUCGCCAAGUGGGGGGCAGCAGCAGCGGCAGCUGGUGGGAGGCCAGUGGAGUUGGAGGUGCUGCAGCCCCUGAGCCUCCUCACCCUGGACACGCUCCAGAAGUGCAUCUUCAGCCAUGAGAGCCACUGCCAGGAGCGACCCAGUGAGUACAUCCAGGCCAUCCUGGAGCUGAGCUCAUUGGUGGUCCGGCGCCAGCUCCGGCCACUUCUCCACCCGUGGUGGCUCUACAGCCUCACCUCUGAUGGCCGGCGCUUUGCCCGAGCCUGUGCCACUGUCCACGCCUUCACUGCUGAUGUGGUGCAGCGCCGGCGCCAGGCACUCGCCUGCCUGGGCCACCAGGCCUGGCUGGACGGCCACCGGGGACGCAGCAUGGACUUCAUCGACCUCCUGCUGCUCACCAAGGAUGAGAACGGCCACACCCUGUCAGACGAGGACAUCGCGGCUGAGGCUGACACCUUCAUGUUUGAGGGUCAUGACACCACAGCCAGUGGCCUGGCAUGGCUCUUCUACAACCUGGCUGGCCACCCUGAGCACCAGGAGCGAUGCCGCCAGGAGGUCCAGGAGCUCCUGGCUGGCCGGGACACUGCGGACAUUGAAUGGGAGGACCUGUCCCAGCUGCCCUUCACCACCAUGUGCAUCAAGGAGAGCCUGCGGCUGCACCCUCCUGUCACUGCUGUGUCCCGGCGCUGCACCGAGGACAUCCCCCUGCGUGAUGGCCGUGUCAUCCCCAAGGGGGUCAUCUGCCUGAUGAGCAUCUACGGGACCCACCACAACCCAGACCUUUGGCCUGAGCCUGAGGUAGGGUCACCCUAUGAGGUGUUCAGCCCAGAGAACAGCAAGGGACGGUCCCCGUCAUCCUUCAUCCCCUUCUCUGCUGGCCCCAGGAACUGCAUCGGGCAGAGCUUUGCCAUGGCUGAGAUGAAGGUGGUAGUGGCACUGACACUGUCCCAGUUUGUUCUGCGGAGGGACACGGCUAGGCCACCCCCGCGCCGCAAGCCCGAGCUGAUCCUGCGUGCCGAGGACGGGCUCUGGCUGCUGCUGGAACCACUGGUGGGAGUGGCCUGAGAGACACGGGUCACCAGGACAUGGGGACAUCCCCCAAGGGAGGUGUCACAGCCAGGGGAGGAGCAGGGAAUAAACGGGAGCAUGAACGGGACAGUAUUGUGGUGGUGGUGGGGAUGUGUUGUCCUUGGUCAUGGGACGUCUCAUGGCAUGGACAUGUCAACCCAGGGACUUGCCCUCUAGGCCACUUGUCACGACCCAUGGCCACAUCCCCCAUGUCCUCAUCCAUGGCCAUAUAGCCCCAUGCCCCAAUUAUAUCUGUGAUCCCCCCAUGCCCAAUACCGCCAUCCACAGACAUGUCCGCACCCACGUCCUUGUCCAUGUCCCCAUCCCCACCAUGUCCCCACCAUGUUUCCCAAUGUCACCAUCCGUGUCUUAGUUAAAUGUCAUUAUUUUUACCCCAAUGUUUGGGUGAAGGGAUGAAGAAAAAUGAAAGAAAAUCAAGGCCAAAAUUAAAGGAUUUACGUGUCCAUGCUGGCUGAGUAUCCAUGUGCCUGGGUGGGUAGAAAAGGCCUUUUCUAGAGGAAUUUCCACUCCACUGUCUCCAAAAUCUUGUGGUUUUGCUCCAGUCCAUCACUAUUUGGCUGUGAAAAAUGCAUAUGUGCCAGAGAGAAUUAAAUCAUGGAAUGAUUUCGUUUGGAAAAGACCUCCAAGACCAUCCAGUAUUCCUUGAUGCCACCCGAAGAAAUGAUUGGAUGCAAAAGGUGAGAUAUUUUUGGGGUCAAAAGUAAAAAAAUGUGCUGUCCCCUAUGAAAUUCUGAUGUCGGUUUGCAUCCCAAUGCAUCUUUCUCUGGCUGUGUCCAAGUGUCCAAGGGGAGCCAGGAAGAUGUGGAGAUCACCAGCCACGUGUCUUUCUAACAUGGAUCACCAGGACCAUGGAUCACCAAGUCUCUGCCCAACGAGGGUCACUGUGGACCAUCCAAUGGGGGUCCUCCAGUGAGGGAUGGAGUUGGAGCAGCGCUCAAAGCUCUUCCCGCACACGGGGCACUUGUAGGGCUUCCCUUACUGCUGUCUCCCUUGGUGUUGGGUCAUGGCAGCGUUCUGGGAGAAGCUCUUCCCACACUUGGGACUCUGUUAGGGCCUCUCCCCAGUGUGGAUCCGCUGGUGGGUGACGAGGGUGGAGUUCU